UGCACGGAUAGAACGCCUUGGAGAAAAUUUCUUUUGGCGGCGGGAGGGAAAGUGAGACAAUAACAGUCUCUACUCCGAACGAAAGAAGUCUUUCACAUUUUUUACGAGGAUUAAAGGGCUGUUCAGAACGGCAACGAUCAGGCGAGGAGUACUUUCCACUAGCUGUCCAUAGCAUGCAGAAAUAUGACAAGUUGGAGAAGAUCGGAGAAGGUACCUAUGGGACUGUUUUUAAGGGGAAGAACAAGGAAACACGUGAGAUUUUAGCGCUGAAGCGUGUUAGAUUGGACGAUGACGAUGAAGGGGUACCAAGCUCGGCACUUAGGGAGAUUUGCCUAUUGAAAGAGUUGAAACACAACAAUAUUGUAAGGCUUUAUGAUGUUCUUCAUAGUGAAAAGAAACUGACGCUAGUGUUUGAGUUCUGUGAUCAGGACUUGAAAAAGUAUUUUGACAGUUGCCAAGGUGAAGUGGAUGCCAGUGUUGUAAAGUCCUUCAUGUUUCAACUGCUGCGAGGAUUGGCUUUCUGCCACAGUCACAAUGUUCUUCACAGGGAUCUCAAACCACAGAACCUUUUGAUCAAUAAGGAUGGUGAGCUCAAACUUGCUGACUUUGGAUUGGCACGAGCAUUUGGCAUUCCUGUCAGAUGCUUUUCUGCUGAGGUUGUUACCCUUUGGUAUCGCCCACCAGAUGUGUUAAUGGGUGCUAAGCUCUACUCUACUUCUAUUGACAUGUGGUCUGCUGGUUGCAUAUUUGCUGAAAUGGCAAAUGGUGGACGGCCAUUGUUUCCUGGGAAUGAUGUUGAUGAUCAGCUGAGGAGGAUCUUCAAAAUUCUAGGGACACCAACUGAAGAAUCCUGGCCAAAUGUCUCUAAACUCCCAGACUACAAGGAAUUCCCUCCUCAAGGCCCCUCCGUGUCACUUGGUAUGGUUGUACCAAAGUUGUCCAGCACAGGGCGAGAUCUGCUGCAGAAACUCCUAGUGUCGAACCCGGCGCAUCGGAUUUCGGCAGAGGACGCUAUGAAGCACGCAUACUUCGCGGACUUAAGCCCGACGUUCAGAGGAUAGUCAGGCAAACAAAUGUACAUAACUAAAUUAUUAACACCCAAAUGAAUUACAGAGAAGUUAGAACGAA